ACUACUACUACUACUACUACUACUACAACUAUUACUACUACUACUACUACUACUACUACUACUAUUGGUGGUGUAGUUAUUAGUAAAAAAAAAAGUGCCGAGAGAAAACGUGAAAAUAAAAUAUAAUAAAAGAUCAUAAAAGAAAACAGUGGAAAAGAAAAGAAAGUGAGAGAGAAAGAGAGAGAGAGAGGAAGAAAAGGAGGAGGAGGAAGAAAGAGAAAAGAAAGAGAGAGAGAGAGACAGAAUGGGAAAGAAUUAAAGCGAAUGGAAAUUUGAAACCCAGACAAAAAUAUAAGAAAUAGAAGGGAAGGAAAAAUACAGAACGGAAAAAUAAAAGAAACGAAGGAAAGAGGAGAAAGAAAAUAAGGAAAAGAAAAAGAAAAGAAUGUACGAAAAAAUAAUAGUGAAUUCAACCUUCUGUGGGGACGGGUGUGCCCCAGGGGGAGUGGUGCCGCGCCCCUGGGAGGAGGAGGAGCUCUGGGGGUCCUUCAGGAGGUGGCACGUUCUGAUCCUGUCCUCCUUGGCGGUUCUGGCUGUUACCAUGGUGUUCUGCUGUCUCUGUCGCUGUCGGGUGCCGAGGACUAAGCAGGAGAUUGAGGCGAAUCACAUCAGAAUGAAACUUGCCAAGAAAUUCCACCGCCAGCUCAUGAUCAUCAACCACUCGGAGAUGGAUGAGAUGGACCUGCUGAAGGCGCUGGAGAGACUUCGGGCAGAGCUGCGGGCGGACUCAAGCAGCCUGGCGCAGUCCGAGGCGUUUUCCGCCCUCUCCUUCACGCCCACUGGCACGCCCACGUAUAGAAAGGGAUCGGAGCUCAACCUGGGCGUGUCCCUGGAGGAGCUGCGGCUGGCCACGGCACAUACCCAGGGCUCGGUGGCCAGCCUUAAGGGGCGCGUUACUUCACUCAUCACGGCCACCCUCAACAAGCUGAGUCGAUGAGCAGGAGGAGGAGGAGGAGGAGGAAGAAGAGGAGGAGGAGGAAAGAAGAAAUGAGUGUUGUGUUACGGGAGGAAGAUAUAUAUAGAUUAAGAAGAAGAAGAAGAUGAAGAAGGAGAGGAAAAAGAAGAAGAAAAAGAAGAAGAGGAGGAGGAGGAGGAGGAGGAGGAAGGGGACGAAGAAAGAAAGGAAUAAAAGGGGAAGGAGAAACUUGAGAAAAAGGAGAAAGCAAAGUGAAAUUCAAAUAAGAGAAAGAGGAGAAGGAAGAAGAAGAAGAAGAAGAAGAAGAAGAAGAAGGACAAAAGGAAUAUCAAGAACAAGGACAAAAAGGAAAAGAACAAGAGAAAACAAAAGGAAGAAGAAGAAGAAGAAGAAGAAGAAGAAGAAGAAGAAGAAAAAAACAAGGAAAAGAAGAAGAAAAUUAUAAUCAUGAUAAAAAAUGAAUGAAUAAUAAUAAUAAUAAUAAUAAUAAUAAUAACAACAACAACAACAACAACAACAACAACAACAAUACCACUAAUAGUUCUAAUCCCGGUAAUCAAUAUCAAUUAAUGAGUUACUAAAUUAAGGUGAGUUGAGGCCAGGUACGUUAAUUACUAUAGCAAAGGUAAUUAUAUGGUGUAAUUGCACCUGCCCACACACCUAUGCGCGCUAAUUACAGGUAAAUAACUUAAAUGAUUGCCUAUUUUACGAAUGAGGUAUUAUUAUUAUUAUUAUUAUUAUUAUUAUUAUUAUUAUUAUUAUUAUUAUUAUUAUUUUUAGAGGUAGUAGUAGUAGUAGUAGUAGUAGUAGUAGUAGUAGUAGUAGUAGUAGUAGUAGUAGUAGUAAAGUAGUAGAUUUAGUAGUAUAUAAAUAUCUUUUAAUCAAUAUUUUCCCUAAGAAGAAAUACCUUUUUUCAAUAUAUUACUUUCUCUAAAAUCAAUAUUAAUCUCACAUUGCAUUUAAAUCUUCUCUCACAAGGUCAACACUUAAUACUUCAAGUGAUCUUAUUGGGAACUUAUAUAUUUCCUUCCUCGGCCAUUCCCUUCGCCCAUAUCACAAGCUCUCCCUUCCUCGGCCAUUCCCUUCGCCCGUAUCACAAGCUCUCCCUUCCUCGGCCAUUCCCUUCGCCCGUAUCACAAGCUCUCCCUUCCUCGGCCGUUCCCUUUGUCCGUAUCACAAGCUCUCCCUUCCUCGGCCAUUCCCUUCGCCCGUAUCACAAGCUCUCCCUUCCUCGGCCAUUCCCUUCGCCCGUAUCACAAGCUCUCCCUUCCUCGGCCAUUCCCUUCGCCCGUAUCACAAGCUCUCCCUUCCUCGGCCAUUCCCUUCGCCCGUAUCACAAGCUCUCCCUUCCUCGGCCAUUCCCUUCACCCGUAUCACAAGCUCUCCCUUCCUCGGCCAUUCCCUUUACCCGUAUCACAAGCUCUCCCUUCCUCGGCCAUUCCCUUCGCCCGUAUCACAAGCUCUCCCUUUCUCGGCCAUUCCCUUCGCCCGUAUCACAAGCUCUCCCUUCCUCGGCCGUUCCCUUAACAUCAGUUCCAACACUAUGACAAGCUCUCCCUUCCUCGGCC